GCUUAGCCCGGCUGGGUGGCGCCGAUCCGCGGGGCUCCUUCGUGGCGGGGGUUUGGGAAGCGCCUCGCCGGCCGCCGCUUCCUUCCGUCGCUCGCCCGCCUCGCGCGCCGCAGCUGCCCGGCAGCUCAGGUGGCGGCGCUGACCCCGCCGCGGGGCUUCCGAGCCGGCCCCGGGAGAAGCCAGAACGGCGCCUCCCGGCCAUGGAGCUGGACCCGCCGCCGCCCUACUUCUACGACCCCUUCGAGGCGCAGGGCGAGGACUUCCACCGCUCCAGCGCGCCCAGCGAGGACAUUUGGAAGAAGUUCGAGCUGCUGCCCAGCCCGCCCGCCUCGCCGCUGCCCGGCCCGGCCGAGGAUGCCGCCGCCGACGGCCCGCCGGAGCCCGCCGCGGGGCUGCUGGGCAACCUGAGCGCCUUCGUCCUGCGCGACUGCAUGUGGAGCGGCUUCUCGGCCCGCGAGCGCCUGGAGAAAGCCAUGGGCGAAAAGCUGGCGGCCAAGCCCACGCCGGCCCUGGCGCCCGCCCACGACUUCGGCGGGCUGGGCGGCGAGUGCGUGGCUCCGGGCGCCGUCUUCGCCUGGCCCGGCGGGAGCGAGGCGGCGGCGGCGCCCGCGGACACCAAGAUCCCGGUUUCGUCCGGCUCCGAGAGCCAGAGUGACUCCGAAGGAGAAGAAAUCGAUGUGGUGACCGUUGAGAAGAGGCAGGCUUUGGGGACAAGGAAGCCAGUCACCAUCACAGUGCGGGAUGACCCUCUGGACCCCUGCACAAAGCAUUUCCACAUCGCCAUCCAUCAACAGCAGCACAACUAUGCUGCCCGCUCCCCCCCGGAGGCUCACUCUAUUGAGGGGCCUCUGGAGAAGGGCAGCCCUGAUGCCGGGGACAAUGAGCCACAGUCUCCCGGGCAGGGGGUAGAGAGGUUCCCUCCUGCAGCUUCGCUUCCCAAGGCGGGCAGUGCUCCUGGCUCGGACAGUGAGGAUGUGACCAAGAGGAAAAACCACAACUACUUGGAGCGCAAGCGGCGGAAUGACCUUCGUUCACGUUUCCUGGCACUGAGGGACCAGGUGCCUGGUCUCGCAUCUUGCCCCAAAACCCCCAAAGUUGUGGUCCUGAGCAAAGCCUCCGAGUAUCUGCAGCUGCUUCUUAGUGCUGAACAGCAAAUGGUGGCUGAGAAGAAGUUGCUGAAACUGCACCAGCUCCAGCUACGGAAACAGAUUUCACACCUGCAGGGCACGGAGUAGCUGGCCAGGCCUCCUGGGUUUUCAGUUGCAUUGGCACUUUUUGGUUGGUUUUGGGUUGCAGACUCCUAAUGGACUGUCAUUCCCAUCAUGCACUGCCACUGCACAUCAUACAGGGCUUGCCCUUAUUCUGCUGCUCCUGUCUGAAUUCUGUUCCUCCUUCCAGGAGAGGGAGUGGGGCUUCAGCUGCCAAAAUGCAGCUUUUGCUGCACAAUGUUGGAUUAUGGCCAAGCCCCACGGCUGUCCCCUUUUUGGUGGGCCCAGCUGGACCCAGACGGCUAUUUCUCCAGAGGGACCCUGGGACACACCAGACAAGACCCUCAUCGCAACCAGUGGAUGUUUCAAGGGGACCCUGAGCAGCAUUUCUCAGUGGAGGUCAGGGGUGCAUGGUGCAUUUGUCAUUUGUGGAGCUCCUUAGGAGGGCAGAUCUUUCUGCAGUUUGUUGCUUUUUUAUAAUAAUGUGAGGGUAGUCAAAUUCUCUGUCUCGUCCCCUUGCUCCCGGAUCAAGACUUGGUUAGAAUUGGCUUUUUCUGUUCCUCCAACAAAUUGUGGCUGGAUCCUUUGUGCAAACAGUUAUUUCACAGCUCUGGAGUUAGGGGGAGCUGAGACCUCCCUGGAGAGGCAGCAAGGAGCACCGUCCAAGGGAGCCUCUGGUUUUAGGGAGACCGUGUUCCAGUGGAGUGCAAGAGGGAGUCCAUGCCAAGGUUUUGGUGCAAAAGGCACUUCGGCCACGGAUACCGUCUGUCAUGUCAGAAUUUCUCCAGCUCACAUGGGGGGGGGGAGGCUUUAAAAAAUCACCCCACUUUACUCCAUCACUAGAACAGCACUGCAAUCACCUUGAAUUUGAUUUACCUCAUUCUUUUUCCAUUUAAUGACAAACCAGGGCUUAUCUUGGCAUCUGUAUAUCCUAGAAUCUAAUGUAGUGACUGCCUCAUUCUUUGUACCAGACUGCUUUUUAAAGAUAUAUUCUGUAUUUUUGUACUUUUUAGAUUUUUUUUUCUGUUUUUGUAAAAUGCUGGCUCUUUCCCCUCCCCCCCCCUUGUUUCUAUACCCAAAUAUACCGCCUGCAGUCAGGGUGGUGGGCCACCUUCAUGGCUUGCAAGGGAGUGAUUCAAAUUGGCUCCCUUGGGAACAGGCUGCUUUCCAAAAACUGGGAUGACUGGAAAUUCUUCUCGCAGGGAAGAGGCUGGUUCCAGCUUGCAAGCGCCAAUCGCAGAUGUCCCAGGGGCCUGUCUGUUGGGAAGCAGAGCCGACCCUGCACUUUCAAGCUGACUCCAAGAUGGGGUUUGUUUCCCAGGUAGAGCAGGAAAGGGCUGCUCUUGUACUUGGCUCGUAUGGGCUGCCCCUCUGUGGGGCAGGCCUUCAGGGCAGCAAAGCAGGUAAAGUGCAAGUCCUGGCUUGCCAGAAGCAUUGAGAUGGUCUUGGUGAACAAGGAGGCUGGCAAAUCUCACGAAAGGGCAGGGUGCAUGGCGGGUGAAGGAAGGCUGUGCAUGUGCCUUCCCUGGACUUUAACUUCAUGUGCUGCACGAAGCUUGCUGGGAGAGGUGGAUGCCUAAACAGGGAUCUCCAAACUUGGCAACUUUAAGACUUCUGGACUUCAACUCCCAGAAUUCCUCAGCCAGACUCAGAAGUCUUAAAGUUGUCAAUUGUAGAGACUCCUGGCCUAAUCCUUCUGCAAAAGGCCUCUGCAGUGGGUCCCUUUCUUCUUCAGCGAAAGAGCCACCCGAGGAUCCUUGCUGGCGGGAUGUGCAGAAAGACGGCCAUGUUUAUCUGCUGCAAAGGACUCCCGUUCAUUCUAGGUUGGGAUGGCAGCCUUUGCUAACGGGAGAGGGGCUAAGCGGCAUCUCCCUCUGCUUUGGCCAAGCUUUCCUAGAGCGCAGUUGCACCCUCCUUAUGCAAACCCCCCCAUCCUCCCCUAUGUCGGGAGAGGUGAGAGUGAUGGACCCCCUUGCUGGCACAGUGCAAGAUCCACCAUGCAGAUGCCACUGGGACAUUCCUCAGCCAGUUCCGUCAAAGCUUCGAGGCUGGGUGGGUCAGACUUAGCACUUUGUUACCUUACAUUUCUGAAAUAAAUUAAUGGCAAAAGGGCAAA